GGGAUGGUGUUUUGUUGUUGUUUCACUCGGAGAAGUGGUCUAGUCUAGUCGACAUUUUAAAAAUAGAUUUCCUCACGGGGAAUUAAAGGUACAUUUACCUUGUAUUCCCUGUUAACUUCACGUUUUGCUGCUUUUUUGUAUUCAGCAUCACAAAGGGUUCCUCCGUGUCCCAUUUACUGGGCUACUAUUUACUGCGAUCCGUGGUUUUAAGAUGACCAGCAGCCAGUAUCAGCGCACUGUCCCCCUGGAAGUGAGGAGAGCAGAGGGGGAGAGGGUUCGAGCGAAACAUCCUGAUAAAAUACCUAUAAUUGUGGAGCGGGCCGCCAGAUCACGAGCCCCAGAACUGGACAAAAAGAAGUACUUGGUCCCCUCAGAUUUGACAGUCGGUCAGCUGUGCUUCCUGAUCAGGCAGCGAGUGUCCAUGAGACCAGAGGAGGCCCUUUUCUUCUUUGUCAAGAACUCCCUCCCGCCCUCCAGCAUGCCCCUGUCUGCGGUCUAUGAGGAGCACCACGAAGAGGACCUGUUCCUGUACAUGACAUACAGCAACGAGAGUGUGUACGGUGCCUGAGCGGGAUCAAGUAGAGCGAAACGAGAGCAUGACUGAGAGUGGAUGCAAAGAAAGAGGAUAGUGAGACAGACUAAAAUUCCUAAUGUUUUACCACUAUAAUCUCACAUAAGAUAAGUAUGAUGAAGGGUAGAGGGGGCUUGGGAGAUGGUCGACCUGGGUGGGGGCUUGGUAUUUCGGGCGGGGGCUGGGUAUGAGGGGGCAUUUCUUUACGUCAGUAUUUUGGAGUAAUAUUGUGUUACAUAAUAUCUAUCACGAUCCAUGUGCGAAAUAUGAUUUGAACAUUUUGAAUUUUUGAGAGCGAGAGCUGUGAAAAAAAUUGAAAGAUCAAGGGUGUUGGGAAGCUCGAUUGAGGAUAAAGUGUAAACGUUCAAAGAGAUGAGAAAGAGGGGAGAUCUUGACCCGUUCACCUUCUCACUCACUCUCUCCCUCUUGUGAACGAAUCAUCUGUAUUUAAUGCAAAUAGUAUUUUUUGUAAGUAAGUAAUAUCGAAAACAUUUUUUGUGCAAAAUAAAAUCUUUGAAACUGAA